AUGGCCUCCCGAAAGAAACAAAACAAUACAACCCGCAAACGAGAUGGGAUCCACUUUGUCAAUGCCAGACCGGCAUCCGAGACAGAACGACUCAAGGCCCAGAAAUUAGUCCGCGCCCACGUUGGAAGAUGGAUUUCCGAUCAAACCAAAGACCGUUCCGCGGCUAGUGAACAGUCUUCGAUUUCCGCAUCUCGCUCGUCUCGAACUUCCAUCACUUCCAUCACUUCCAUCGGCGCGGAACAUGCUGCAUCCUCAUCUUUUGCCUUCGUAUCGCAUCCCCCUCCUCCGUUCAAUGCGGAGCGGACACUGGCCGUCGUCGGUCUGGGUAUGUCGCGUCCGCAGCGUGACUGGCCACGAGCUUCUUUUGCGGCUUCCCAGAAGAGUGAUAGCAGUGACAGCAGUAGCGGUGAUGAUGCAAAUGAGAAAACCAAUUUUGCGGAUCCGGUAACGGUCGUACCGUGGAACGAGGUGACUCGUAUCGAGCCGCAAAUUUCGGGAUUUCUGGAUCCGUUCUCACAGUUCCCAUCCAAUUUUGCGCCAGAAAUCGUUAAUCUGUGCGAAUCAUAUUGUAUGUAUCGUCCCAAAAAGCCGAUGUCAAGGGUUGAGAAAAAGCUAACCAAUCGAUCAGGUAUAACGGUGAUAUGGCCGGGACUGGUUCCCAAAUCAACAAGCAAUGAGAAGAAAGCCGGCGAACUGUGGUUCCCACUCUCCCUAUCCGAUCCAGCUCUCUUCACGGCAUUCAUGUUUGGCUCAUUGUGCCAUCAGCGAGUCCAAUGGUUAAAGGGCUGGGUUCCCGAUUCGAGCUUCGGACCCAAGCAGCAGCGCAUUCUGCAACUCUGCGAAAUGGAAUCGAUCAAGUUGAUUAGUCAGGCUGUGCAGGACCCUACUCGUGCUGUCAGUGAUGCCGUUCUUCUCAGUGUGAUUUGCAUGGCCCAUCAUCAAGCCCUCGAGGAGAGUCCCGAUCAGUAUCGGACCACGCCGUUUACUGCGCCGUUCCAACGGUUGCAAUGGCUCGAUGUUUAUGGUCAUCUGCCUCCCAAUAUGAUUCACGUUCACGGAUUAGUCCAGCUUUUGAAAAUGCGUGGUGGUCUCAAGAAUAUCAAGCUCCAUGGCUUGCGUCCGACGAUUUGCUUCUCGGAUAUCAUGACGGCAAGUUGUUUCGGCAUCGCCCCGGGCUUCGAAUUCUGCGGCAUCGAUGACAGCCGCAGUAAUCUAUCCGUACAAGAGCUCCUCGGCUUCGGGGCUUAUCACAUCGACCACAGUUUCCGCUGGCUAGAACAACUAGGUUUCACCUCCCAAAUCGUAGAAGCCAUGACCCCCGCCGCUACCUACGUCGAAAUCAUGAAAAACUGCAUGAAAAGCAGCCACGACGUCUCAUUACUCUCGGACCAGCGCAACCUGACGCAGUACACCCUCCUCUCUGUGCCACCUGCCGCAGAAAUCCGAACUUCCUUCUCCCAACCCAUCCAUGAAGCAGCCUACGAAGCCUGCCGUCUUGCCAUGCUCAUCUUCGCCGUCGGCGUCGUCUUCCCCAUCCCUGCAAAUAACACCCCCCUGCCCAAUUUCGCAAAGCAACUUCAGGCUGUUCUGCGUCACCCGGAUGCGGCCGAGAUGUACACGUCUACGGAAUAUUGUAUUCUACUUAUGUGGGUCUUGACGCUGGGUGGUAUUGCAGCCUUUGAUAGUCCUGCUGAACGAGCAUUCUUUGGGUCUGCGCUGAUUGAAGUUACGCAUCGCACUGGGCUGACUUCGUGGACGGAUGUGAAACGCGCCAUGAACGUGAUGCUUUGGUAUGAUAUUGCCUGUGACGAGGCGGGCGAAGCAUUCUUCGCCGAAGCUCAGAGUUUGCAUGUGAUUGAGUGA